CAUCACCUCAAGCAAGCAAGGUAUAAGCCGCUCAAGACUUUGCAGUAUCGCUCUCCCUGGCUUCAGCAUGUCCGAGCUGCACUACACUGCGAACACGCAGCUCGAAGCGCUUCAUGCUCGCUAUACAGGCACGAUUCAUCCGGAUGUGACGAAGCACGAGUGGUUGUCGCACCAGCAUCGCGAUACGCUCGCUAGCAUCGUCGGUCAUCCAAACUUGUUGAGCUUCAAUGCUAUUGCGGAGGGAGAGUGCAGAGCUAGGAUCAAGCACGAGAUCUGUCAGAAAAUGUUGCAUCCCGUUGGACCACCUCCGCGUCAAGACGGCGAGUGAGGGGUAGAUUUGCAGUAUCACCUCUCUAUUGCCCAGCGACAUCUCAACGGCAAGUCUCUCCAAGGCUGAGCGUAACAUCGCACUCUACAAUGUCGACAAGGUCGCCAAUUCUCCCUCUCAGCUUUUCGCCAUCACUCUCUGUACCAUAGACUUCUCACACUUCAACCUAGCGCAAUCGAUCACAGGGGCCACACAGACAAUUUCAAGGCUAUUUCGGGGGUGAUGACAUAUACUAUUAGGUGUAUUGGAGCGGACAAUUGUGUCUCAGGAAGGUGGAGGUGGUG